UGAGAGACUGCUGAAAGGAAAUUUCUGGAACUAUCUAUGGAUUCAGACUCGGUCGAGCUGAAACGGUGAACCGACUCUCCUGAACUUAAUUGUUUUGAAUAGAAGUGAUCGAACCGAGUCACUUGAACUGAAUCUAAGGAGUCGAACUCACCUAACCGAAUCUUUUUGUACUGCCGGGAAAGACCUUCUGCCGGGAUGAAGCGAACUGUACGACACCUGGAACGGAGCGUGAGCAAGAACGAGGCUCACAGUUUCCUGAAGUCCCAGUAUGAAUCUAUAACCCACAACAAGGAGGCGCUACAGGUCUUCUGGAUGAAGCUGAGAAGAAACACGAGCAGGUGAUGGAGUCCAGUGUUCAGCUACAGAAAGAGAUCUACAAACUGGUAUCAGACAUGGACUUGCUGCAGUCCUCAGCUCAGCAGAAAGAGGAAGAGCUUCUUCAGACUAACAGGACGUGCAGGAUGAUGAUGGCGGAGGAGAAAUACGAGCUGUUGAUGUCGCAGGUGGACACGAUGCAAGACUCAGUGCAGCAUCUGGAGAAAGAGCUCAGAGAGAAGAGCAGGAAAUGUGAGGAGAAAACUAAGGAGACAGGACAAGAACAGGAGGGUCACAGUUUCCUGCAGUCUACAAAGAGAUGAGGGAAACUUUUAAACUGUGUGAUGAGACUAAAUGUAUGUUUUUUCCUCUUAAGUCAUGAUUGAUAAAAUACACCAUGUGUUAGUUAUGGGUCAGAAAAGUAAAUACAGCACCUCAUUCACACAUGGAUAUUAAGAAGCACAUAUUUAAGCUUCUACAUGAUCAUUUUACUUACGCUCACUGAAUUUCUUCUUCAUGUGCUCAAUUAUCAAGUACAGAUGUUUAAGUGAAUCAGGUUCUGCCCCACAUUUAAUUUAAACAAAGCACUAAAGGUGCAAGAAAAUACCUCAACUUCAGUUUCUGUCAAAUUUCUUUUCUUUAAGGACA